UUUUUUACCCGUCCUACCAUUUCUCAGAUCAGGAAGGAACGGCAACGGUUCAUAGAGUCAAAUUUUCUCUCCCAGGGGAGAUUCUUAAUCAUGUCUUUGAUUGAGAUGGCUUCUGCUGGCAAAUUCCGUUACCAGAGACUCAGACCUUCAGAAACUGGGGUUGAUGGUGAGGUUAGAGAGAGAGUGGUUGUGAGGCCGAAGAAUAAAUGGUUCAGAUUCAGAAGGAUUCCUAUUAGGAGGAGGUUUAGGCUCAAAGUUCCAAGCUUGAGGAGACUGUGGAGGAAGAAAGCCAUGAUGGUGUCUGCCAUGAGAAGAUCAUGCGCUAAAGUGAUGAAGAGAUUGAAGGAAGGUCAAGUUCAUUUCGGCGAUUUAUUUGCUGGCAACUACUUGUUCAUGCAGGUCAAUCCCACAUCAUUGGCCUACCUUGAGAGGGAAAUAACCCUCUCAAAAGUAGCCUGACUCUUGUUAGUUUCUCUCCUUUUGGCAUGCUUUGGUAUGAACUCUUCGAUCAAUCAUACAUAGAAUAAGUCAAUGCAAUCAAGCUAAUGCUUUGUUUUUCU